CAAUAUAACCUAUUUUGUUUUUAUGAAGACUUCCAUUUGCAUAACUAAGAAAGCAGAUGGAAAAAAAACGACCGGAAAUAGCUGUGACCACGUUUGGGGUCGCGGUGCCCGAUUUAACGCAUGCGCAUUAGUAACUGUCAAUAUAUAAAACACUAUUUACUUGCGUUUACUUGAUUUAAAUAAGAGAUUGUCAAAACAGGACAAAAUCUGAUAAACUGGAGCUCGCAGUAGAUUAGUAAUCCCAGCAGGUUGCAGUAGAUUAGUAAUCCCAGCAGGUGGCGUCGCUCGGAUCUGCUGGAAAAAAAUCCACGAAGAAGAACUGAAGCCGAAGCGACGGUGUUAGCAUCUUGUUAGCAUGGCUGUGUUCUGAUUCUUCUAAGCAGAUGGAGAAGAUUGACUUCCGGUUGUUUUUACGGUUGGAUGUGARGAUGAAGCCAACAAGGUGGGAGAUCCCAGCAGAACCAUAAAGCUCAGUGCAGAUUCUCCACCCUGGAUCUGGUCCCAGCCUGACCAGACCCAGCUGUCCUCAGUCCCUCCGUCCCCCCGUCAAAGCCCCCCUCAGCCAUGCUGUUCUCUCUGAGGGAGCUGGUCCAGUGGCUGGGCUUCGCCACCUUCGAGCUCUUCCUGCACCUCCUGGCGUUCCUGGUCUUCAGCAUGCUGGUGGCCCUGAGGGUGGACCUGCUGAGCCCGCAGCUCAGCUGGUGGCUGGUCUUCAUCCCGCUGUUCGCCGCCGACGGCCUCAGCACCUACUUCACGGCCAUCGUGUCCAUCCGGCUGUACCAGGAGAGCGAGCGGCGGCUGGCGGUGCUGCGGCUGCUCUGGGUGCUGACCGUGCUCAGCCUGAAGCUGGUGUGCGAGGUGCUGCUGUGCCAGAAGCUGGCCGAGCAGGACCGGGCCAGGGACCUGUGGUACGGGCUCAUCGUGUCGCCGCUCUUCAUCCUGCUGCAGCUGCUGAUGAUCCGGGCGUGCCGGGUCAACUGAGGCCGGGCGAGCGGGGGGGUCCGCAGGAACCGCGCUGCCGUUAGAGAUUUGAUGGAUUUCUUCCUUCUGACUGACUCUCAGCUCCCGGGUCACACUACAAUCUGCUUUCUGGAGUUUUCCACGGCUGUAAGAUCAACAGGUGAAGUCCUGCUGCUGUUUUUCUUUCUUUGUUUUUAAUAUAAAAACAGAGACUGUGAGUUGUUGUGGGACCUUCACCAGGACAGACAGAUGUUUUAGUGCCUCUAAUGUUGUGCAAUCAAUGGUAGAAAAUGAGCCAUAAAGAAAAAUACAAGUUUAAAGCCAGCUCUCUUGUUUUUAAACAUCUUUUCUUCAAAACAGCCGAACUUCAAACCUGUAUUUUUCCUGCCUCACUCUAACCUUUUACCCAACUUGUGAAAAUGUUCUCACUAAAUGACUUUUAGAGGUUAUUGUAAGUGUACGUCCUGUAGAUUUAUUUAUUCCAUCUUCAGCGUAGACAUCCUACAGGUGUUCAUACGUAACUUUAAAUUCAAUCUUUACACUCAUUUUUACUCCUUUUUCUUGGUAAAUUAAAAAAAAAACCCACAGGAGCACAAACUGAUCAACAGAAAAUAGAAUUUUAGCACCGACCAAGCUAUAAAUGAGACGUGUGGCCUGUUCUUUAUKUAGUUAUUUUCAAACUCUCCUUCAAAAUGUUUGUAGUUUGUUGAAAUUUUGAAAGUGAGUUUUGUUUACAGGUCUGGACUGACAAGUUCUAUAUAUGAUAAAACUAAAUAAAUCUUCAAACUAAAGGAGGCAGCAGGUGUGAACAAAAAGAGUAGCUGAAUGCUAUGUUUUUAUCGAUGCAAACAAAUUUAGUUAAAAGCUAAAGUUUCUUUCGGCUGCUUUGAGGAAAUUAAAAGAAAGUUUGGCUUCAUGAAGUAAAACCUAAAGACGACUCGAGAUCCGUGUGUUUUAGUUUCCACGUCUGUUGAACUUCCCCGCAGCGGCGCUCUGAGGAGCUCUCCUGGCCCGGAGCUGCUGCUCGCUGUCAAACGGCUCAUCGUGUCUCACUGUGUCAGCUGCUGCUGGAAAUGUUGCUUUGUACCUUCAGUGCAGGAAAAAAAAAAAAACCCACGCA